AUGCAAGCCUGCACGCUCAUGGGCAAGAUUAUGGAGUGGCUUAUCGACCAUCUUCGACCUAAAUGGUCUCUGCGUCGAGAGGACAUGUCGGUCGCAGGAUUGGGGAAUCCUUACGAGGGGAGGGAGGGCAGACGAUCAGCGAUCAGCAGCCACAGCCGGAGCCCUACGGGAACGGAGAAUGUGCCCUGGACGGCUGCCCUGCCCUGCCCUGUCCAGCCCAGUCCUGCAUCGCCUGCAGCAGACUAA